AUGGCUGUCAGCAGUGCGGGGGAAACAGAGCCCAGAGCCCCCCCGCCGCCCGCCGCGCCCGGGGCCGCCGGCGUGCACGCACGCGGGCGCACCGCUCCGAGCCAGGGCCGCGCAGGCGGUGAGACCACCGCCACUGCCCCGCUGCUCGGCGCCGCCCCUACUUUCACACUGCAGCCGUCGUCUCCGAUCGUCCUGGAUACGCACUGCCGAGGUGCUAGCACCGCGUUCAUGUUGGCGGGGCCGCUCCGUUGUCUCCGGACCCGCUCCGCGAUCUCUGGUCCCGCUCCGGCUCCCUUCAACUCCGCUCGACUCCCUUUUUACACGAUUUCUCCCCCUUUCGCCUUCUUGUGCUGCACGGCAAGACCGACCAAAACUCCUACGUCCGACCGUGGCUACGAGAACCCGACUUGGCUCUCGGGAGUCCGACUUGACUCCGAGUCCGACUUGACUCCGACCCAGGAGAUCCGACUUGAUCCCCUAGGGACCCCUCUUUGGUCCCUGCACACGGGCGCCAUUUUGUCGCGACGGAAAGCUCUAGACACCUCAAUAGACCCCGGGGGGACCCCCAAUGACCCCUCACUAUUCUGGGAACUCCCAAAGACCCCCCUCCAGCAGGGACAGGGACCCCCAGUGACCCCCUGGGGUCAGUCGCCCUCUGUGGGGGUUGGGGAGCUCCGGGGGACCCCCCAUAACCCCCCUCUGUCCCCGCAGGCUCCCAGUGCUCCCAGACCCCUCCUGAAGGCUGCGCCCCGUGCACAACCCCCUCCCCGCCUCCCCCCCCGGAGCCCCCCGAGACGCCGACCCCCCGUGACCGUGACCACCGGGAGCCCCCCGAGCCCCUCCUGCUCCUCGGCCCCGCCCCGGGGGUGGCUCCGGGUGUGGGGGGGGCCCCCCUCCCGCGAGAGGCCCGUGGGGACCCCCCUGACCCUCGAGUGCCACUUCCGAGGCCCCCCCGACACCGCCCUGACCUGGCUCCAGGCGCGUCCCCCCGGGCUCGGGGAGGUCCCCCGGAGCUGCCCCUGGCCCCAGGAGGUGGUGGCCACCCGGGGGGGUCGCCAGAUGGACCGGGUGGUGCAGGAAGGGGGGGGAAGCUCCACCCUGACCUUCCCCAAACUGUCCCACAACGACUCCGGGCUCUUCUUCUGCCACGUGGAGUCCGGGGGGGAGACGGCCCAGAGCUGCGGCACCUUCGUCAGGGUCCUCGAGCCGGUUCCCGCCCCGUUCCUGGCGCUGAGGGAGAGCACCAAGAACCGGAUCCUGACGGCGCAGGGGGUGCUGCUGCUGCUCUGCUCGGCCGGGCCGGGGCUGCUGCUGCUGCUCAGGAAGCGCUGGGCCAACGAGCAGCUGCUGCACCCCGAAAAAACCACAUGCGAGGAGGAAAACCUCUACGAGGGGCUGAACCUGGACGAGUGUUCGAUGUACGAGGACAUUUCCCGGGGGGUCCAACCCACCUACCAGGACGUGGGGACCCUCCCCGGCGACUCCCAGCUGGAAAAGCCCUGAGGGACCCCCCGAAAAAGGGGGGUGGGACCCACCGGGAAGGGGUUUAGGACCCCCUGGCUCUGCUUGGCCCCCCCGAUGCUCUGCUCUGGUGACACAAGGCUGUGCUGACCCCACCCAAAAUAA